GGGCGGGCGCGGGGGCGGCUAACCGGGCGGGCGAGCGGCGGCGAACGGAGGGGGCGGCGGACCGAGGCGCACGGUCGGACGCGGCGCCAUGCGCGGUCCCCCGGCUUGGCCGCUGCGACUGCUCCUGAGGCGCGGCGCAGCCGCCCGCUCCCCAGAGACCUGGACGCUGUCGACGCACCCGGCGUUUGCGAGGCCUGGGGGCGUGGAGCCCGCGCCGCUCGCGGGUGGCUGGGCCGCGCGAGCCCCGCGGCGGUGGACGGGCGGGGGUCCCGGCGGCCCCGCGGGCGGCGCGGGCCUGGCGCGGCUCCUGGCGCUCUGGUCGCGGCACCCCGGGCUGUCUAGGUGCUGGGCGCUCGCCGGGCCCGUCGCCCCCAGGCUCCCGCGCUCCGCGCUCCCUGGCUGCUCGACCUUGGUCGCGCGGGCCGCGGGAGAGGCUUGGCGGCGCGGGCCGGCCUUGCCUGCGGCCGCGGCGACUCCCGGUCACGACCCGCUGCUGCGGCCCGCGGCGGCCAGGCGCUCGGAGGCGCAGAAGCUCCUGAGCCUGGCGCAGCCCGAGCGCCGGAGGCUGGCAGCUGCAGUUGGGUUUCUGGCAGUGUCCAGUGUCAUCACCAUGUCCGCCCCCUUCUUCCUGGGGAAGAUCAUUGACGUCAUCUACACAAACCCCUCUGCAGACUGCAGCUCCAGCCUGACUCGCCUGUGCCUGGCGCUCGGAGGCGUGUUCCUGUGCGGUGCAGCAGCCAAUGCCGUCCGUGUCUACCUCAUGCAGACGUCAGGUCAGCGCAUUGUGAAUAGGUUGAGGGCUUCACUCUUCUCCUCAGUGCUGAAGCAGGAGGUGGCUUUCUUUGACAAGACACGCACAGGAGAACUGAUCAACCGUCUGUCCGCAGACGCAGCCCUCCUGGGGCGCUCAGUGACGGAGAACCUCUCAGAUGGGCUCAGGGCUGGAGCGCAGGCCUCUGUUGGCAUCGGCAUGAUGUUUUUUGUCUCCCCUAAACUGGCCACUUUUGUUUUGAGCGUGGUGCCUCCAGUAUCCAUCAUCGCUGUGCUUUAUGGCCGAUACCUACGGAAACUGACCAAAGUCACUCAGGACUCCCUGGCACAAGCCACUCAGCUAGCUGAGGAACGUAUUGGAAACAUAAGAACUGUUCGAGCUUUUGGGAAAGAAAUGACUGAAAUAGAGAAAUACACCAGUAAAGUGGACCAUGUGAUGCAGUUAGCAAGGAAAGAGGCAUUUGCUCGGGCUGGCUUCUUUGGAGCAACUGGGCUCUCUGGGAACCUGAUCGUGCUUUCUGUCCUGUACAAAGGAGGGCUGCUGAUGGGCAGUGCCCACAUGACAGUGGGCGAACUGUCCUCCUUCCUCAUGUAUGCUUUCUGGGUUGGAGUAAGCGUUGGAGGUCUCAGCUCCUUCUACUCAGAGCUAAUGAAGGGACUGGGUGCCGGAAGCCGCCUCUGGGAGCUCCUCGAGAGAGAACCUGAGCUUCCUUUCAAUGAGGGGGCUGUUUUGAAUGAGAAAAGCUUCCAGGGAGCUUUGGAGUUCAAGAACGUGCAUUUCGCCUAUCCAGCUCGCCCAGAGGUGCCCAUAUUCCAGGAUUUCAGCCUUUCUAUCCCCUCAGGAUCUGUCACAGCACUGGUUGGCCCAAGUGGUGCUGGCAAAUCCACAGUGAUUUCCCUCCUGCUGAGAUUGUAUGACCCUGCUUCUGGAACAAUCAGCCUUGAUGGCCAUGACAUCCGUCAGCUAAACCCAGUCUGGUUGAGAUCCAAGAUUGGGACAGUGAGUCAGGAGCCAAUUUUGUUUUCUUGCUCAAUUGCGGAGAACAUUGCUUAUGGUGCAGACAACCCCGCCGCAGUGACCGCUGAGCAGAUAGAGCAGGCAGCCGCUGUAGCCAAUGCAGCUGCUUUCAUCCAAAAUUUCCCUCAAGGAUUCAGCACUGUGGUCGGAGAGAAGGGCGUUCUCCUCUCAGGUGGGCAGAAACAGCGAAUUGCAAUUGCCCGUGCUCUGCUUAAGAAUCCCAAAAUUCUUCUCCUAGAUGAAGCAACCAGUGCACUGGAUGCUGAGAAUGAGCACCUCGUACAGCAAGCUCUAGACCGACUGAUGGAAGGAAGGACAGUGUUCAUCAUUGCCCACCGUCUGUCCACGAUUAAGAACGCCAACGUGGUAGCUGUACUUGACCAGGGGAGAAUCAUCGAGUGUGGGAAACAUGAAGAGCUGCUUUUGAAACCAGAUGGGAUGUACAGGAAAUUAAUGAACAAACAGAGUUUUAUUUCAGCAUAAAGAAGCAAUUACUGGUAUGAGAGGUUUCAAAGCAAAGCUGCACUGCAAGGGAAAAAGAAAACUCAGACUGUAUGAAAUCUGUAAAUCAGAGUUCAAGUCAUUUGAAAUCUGCCUAUUUUUUCCAAAGUUUGUAAAAUAGUUUUGAGAUGGAUCUGUUCUGAAGACCUUUUUAUUCAGAAUUUUAAUAAUUAUAACUUUCUAAGUGGUCUAGAGCACUGAAGUUAUUUUCAGGUUUUGUAUUUUCUUUUAUCUUAGAAUAUUUUGAUUAAUAGAGCAUGGCACCUCAUUUUCUUUUAUCUGCUGUCAUAAAUUGAAGCUGUUGUCAUACGACAACUUUUAAAAGGGAAUUACAAAUAAAAAGCCUAAUUAUUUUAGGCCAGUUCACCAA